AUGGAGGGUUCUGGUCAAACCGAAGGACCGAGGGCUGCUGGAUGUGGUGAUGGGCGAGGAGGGUACUACUUGAUGAGCUGCAUCAAGGAUGUUCCCACCCUAAGAGGGGAUAACUACACUGAGUGGAGGAAGAAGGUGGAUUUCGCCUUCGUAUGUGCUGAGGUGCACUGGGUGCUUGAAACACCGCAGCCCACAAAGCCAGCUGAUCCUGUCAGAGAUGACAAGGAUGAUGAUGAUGCAUGGGAUAGAAAGAAAAAGGAUCAUGAGUGUGCUUCCGUUGGGGAGCACUUGGAAAAGAUAAAGAGCCAGUUCAAAGAUGCAACCCAGUUGCUCAAGCAGCUGGUAACAGAAAAGUACACUGGAGAUGCACAUGGCAUCAGGGAGCACAUCCUCAGGAUGAGCAACCUGGCUACAAAGCUGAAGCCCAUGAAUGACGACCUGGAGCUGAAGCCUGCACUUCUUGUUCACUUAGUCAUGGCUUCAUUGACAGCACAGUUUGACAACUUUGUUGUCAAUUACAACAUGAACCCUGAAAAAUGGGACAUAGAAAAGACUAUAGCUAUGUCAAGGCUGUCAGUAAUAGAAUAG